AUGACGAAACCCUUCGACGGUCUCUACCUCAGCAUCGUAUCUACACUACUUACUGUCAGUCUGCUCACGCUGGUGGAUGUGCUAUCAUCGUCCAACAAUCUCUCGCUCGUCUCUUUCGCUCUGCUCGGCAUCGCGUUCAUCAGGCAGGCAGGUGUACAUGGGAGUGUCUUUGGCGUUGGCAACUGCAGUGGCCAUAUUCCGAUCUACUUGGGGCUCACGCCGGCCUCGAUGAGAAACCAGAACCAGGGGCGCAUUCCGACUUGGGUUGCCAAACGCCCCAGUUUUCCUGGGCAUGUCGAAGCGAUUGCUGCAUCUGUGGAUUUUCACCUCGACCCGACCAUCAAACUCGCUGAAGUCAAGUCAGUUGCCUUCGCCGCGAAGCAGGCGGUGCUUGCCGAACUUGCAGGCUCUUACCCAGCGACCCCCAUACAGAAGAUCUCGUGGAUGCUUGCUGCGCAGCGCGCCAUUCGUAGAGGGGACGGUGGCGUCGUCGCCAAGGCCUGCCGUGGGUUUCCUGAUCUUCGGAGAUUUAUUGAUACUGGGUCUGGGCAAUUCUCGGACUUCGACGGGUUCCAAGGGCUGAUGAAUCUUCUGAAUCGCGAGCGUAUUGACCACCUCAUGCACGAGAAUCACGAGCUACCCGAAACCCACUCGAAGAAGCAGGCCCGAGCUGAGGCGUUGCGAAUUCACUGGCAGGGUAUCUUCUCCGAGGUGGCGGUGGAGGAGGAGGUCAUAGACAUGUUUAUACUGUUUGUGGACAAAGCCCUCCCGAACCCUGUUACGAAAAUGCCGUUCUACCACUUUGUCGAGCUUCUGGAGGCUCAGUCGGAUUCUGCCGUUGGCCCUGAUGGGCUCCCGUAUUCUGUUUGGUGGAAAGGGGGACGUCUGAUGCACGAAACCCUGUGCGAGAUAUACGAGGCUCUACUGAGUGGCACCCCUUUGCCACAUCAGUUUAACGUUGCACUAAGUGUCUUUCUGCCCAAGGGCACUGAGCGCGAGGACCAGUGCGUGAUUGCCCGCCAGCCAGCCAUCACCCGCCCCAUCGCCCUCAGCAACACCGACAACAAAAUUCUCAGCAAAAUGAUUGGCUGGUACCUCGCGCCCAUUGCCGACAGCUCAGUCGACUUCAGCCAGCGUGGCUUUAUCGGAGGAUGCCCGCUUUCUGGACUGAUUUGGGCGCUGUGCUUUGACCCGAUUAUCAGGAGAAUGAAGUUCCAGCUCGCUCAGCAUCAAUGCAGGCUUGGUGUAUUUGCGGAAGACCUUGGGCUCUCGUGUAGGCACUUCUUUGAGAGUAUGCCUGUGGUUAUGUCGGAGUUCAGGCUUGUUAAGCGAGGCGCCGGGCUCACUGUCAACACGAAUAAGACGUUCAUUGUGUUCUUCGGGGAGGAGGGGAAGGAUUGGGUCGUCGAGAAGUUGUUGGAGAAGGGGGAGCUGGCGGAGGUUCGCGCAGCGGCCGCGCGUUUGGGCGACAGCCUCGCUGUGCUGCAGGCGACGGCGGACGUGGUGACGAGCUUCUGGCCCCUGAUCUGGGUGCUGGUUGGUGGGCUCGUGAAGGACACCCUCGACAGGAGGCGCCAGCUCUUCGCGGCGGACGGGAACGUCGUGGACGAGCCGGCCUUUAUGAGUGAGAUGAGGCCAGGCCGCCGCUUUGCCCUGUGGUAUUCAGAUGAUACAUACUGGCACGAGAGAGUUGCCCUGGCGUAUGUGCGACCAGGAGUGUGGGUCAUCACCGCCCCAGACGGCGACAGGUAUCGCGAAAACCUGCGAUGCCGUCGGGGCACCAGCGGGGCGGUUCAGGCGGUUCUGGUGGAUCCAGGGCAGCCCGUUCUGGAUCGCAUGCGCGGGCGCUUCUACCGUUUCAAGGGCCCGCUGGAGCCCUCGGACUUGGUGGAGCAGGUCAAGAUGGCCGAGGCGGAGAGCUACGCUAUCACGCGCCGGGCUCCUGCGCCGCCGGCCGCCAUCAUGAUGUGGGGCGGCGCGGACGUAGAGUACGAGCCCCUGAUGGCCUCGGAGGGCGCCCGGCUGGUGCCGCUUGGCGGUGGCGGAGCGCCUGUCCACGGUGAAGAGCCGGCGCCGGCCCCCUUGCCGCCGCCUGGUUGCCGCCAGAUGCGACCUGGCUCAUCGUGGGCCCGCGCCGUCCCGACUUCGGCCGAGAGCGACAUCCUGGCCCGGAUGCGCCCCGAGCGGGAGAAUACGCGAUCGCGCUUGACGCGCGGAGAAGGAGCGGCUGACCACGCGCUGGAUGGCGGCACGAAGACGCCCCCCAUCGUCGAGGACGCGAGGGCGCUGACGGUUGACUACGAUGAACAUGGAGAGCGGUACAAGGAGUGGAGAUCCGCAUGCGCCGAGGCCGGCGUCAGCCCGCAGGAGAGAACGGGCAUCGAGAUGAAGCUCUUGACCGACCUACUGUACCUCAGUGGCUGCUACGACCAGUUGAAUGGUCCCUCGCUCGCGUGCAUCGAGACCGUAGCUCGUCGUGUAUGUCAGAUCAUCGAGGCCUACUCGACGGGCGUGCCUGGUCGUGCCAUCUGGGAGGGCGUGAAGCAUUUCACCCCGGUGGCUUCAGCAUCAUCUGUGGCCCCUGCUGAGCUACGUUCCCACGCGCACCGCCGGGCCAAGGAUGAGAUGGAGAUCGAGAGCAUGCGGGUGCGCACGCGGAGCCUGCAGCCGCCUGGAGGGCCAGGGGCGGCGCCGCCUGGUGCGCCCGUCAACCCGAAGGGCACCCCGAAGGGCGGCGCUGCCGCCUAUGCCGAGUGGACGUUGCCGACAGUCGACAGCGCCCAGAUGUCUCUGGGGCUGGCGGAUGUGAAAGACGCGUUCCAUCGUUUCCGUAUUCCGAGUGGUCUGGCCAGUUACUUUGGGUUAGGAUCGGCUGCGGCGGGGGAGCUGAGCGUCGUUGGGCAGAACCUUGAUGGGGUCCUCUUGGGUGUUGACGACCAGGUCGAUAUCUGCUGGGCCUCUUUGCCGAUGGGCCUCUCUUGUUCUCUGUGCUUCUGCCAGCAAGCGGGUAGGCAGCGCAUGAAAAGCGUCCCAGGGCUCACGACCUCGACCCUCCUCCAGGACCGCGGGGCGCCAGGGCUUUUUCGGUUCUCGGAGCGCUUCGACCCGUCUACUGGGACCUCUGCGGUGGAGGGUUCGGGAAUUUGCCACCAUAUCUAUGUGGACAACCUGGGUGUGAUUAGCUGCGACCCUGUCAGUACUUCGUCGACGUUGUCGAACGCCUCGGAUCGGUUCGAGAAAGUUGGCCUGAGGACCCACGAGCACGAGGUGACCUCAGGCAAGUCCAAUGUUCUGGGGGCUCACUUGGAUCUGGAGGGCUGUCGUGUGUCCCUCUCGCCUGCCCGUCUCUGGAAGGUUCGACAAGGGGUGCUGUGCGCCUUGAGGUGCCGGAAACUUCCCGGACGCGCGUGGGAGGUGCUGCUUGGUCACCUCACGUUCUGCGCCCUAAUCAACCGGAACAUGAUGAGCGUGUUUAGGAGCAUCUACGCAUUCAUUAACAAACAUUAUUGUGUGCCCACAGCGUUGUGGGAGACCGCCCGACAGGAGAUGACCGCCGCCGCGUCUUUGCUGUUCGUGAUGGUCCCACGCAAGCAGCUUUCCAAGGCCAAUUGGGACACCAUCUUAGCAGGUCCCUGGCAGUACUUGGACGAGGGCAUCUAUACCCUCGAGUCGCGGGCCCUCCUUCUGGGCUUCCAGGCGGUGGCCAGGCUGGCCGGUCAGCCCUCGGGGUCAGCGUCCGCCCCAGCUCCCCCGACAUCUUCGAGGGCGCUGGUGCCGGUGGCGAGCCUUCCGUCGGCGAGCGCCCCGAGGCAGGCCAGGCUGCUGGCCCCGGGCGGCGAGCUGUCUUCACGACUGGUGACAGCCGGCCGCGUGCCGCCGGCGGACAGGCCUUUGGGCAACAGCUCAGACACAGAGGCGACGGAGGCGGACAGGACCAGCGACAAGACAUCCGACACCGACAGGAUCGUGGUCAGACCUCGGCGCCGUGCUCGCAACCUGGAGCUCCCUCGACCAAAGCGGCCCCGAGUUCCGGUGGAACCAGAUCGGCUUCAGGGACUCGGACUGCUGCCCCUGGAGUCCAACGCGGUGAAGGCCACCACGGAGAACCAGUACCACGAGCUGGUGACUCUAUGGAGGUCCAACGCACGCGACCUCGGCGAGCCGCUCGGCGAGGCUGCCGAGGUGGGCGCCUCAGUGGCGCGGCAGCUUCAAGACUUCUUCGACCAGGGCGAGAACGUCAGCAAGGGCGAGAAGCUCGUGGCUGGUCUGGAGUACUUCCUGCCAGAGUUUGGCCGACAUGGAGGGCUUCACCUCUCGCGGAGCUACCGCGCCCUCCGGUGCUGGAGGCGCCGGUGCCCGCCUCGGUCACGUCGUCCCCUCGCACUCUGCAUCUGGGCGGCGAUCGUCUGGGAGUUCUGCCGGGACAACCUUUGGAACAUGGCGGUCUACACUCUGUUUAUGCUGGUGACGUACAUGCGGCCGUCGGAGCCGCGGAAGCUGCUGAAGGAUCACCUGCCCGCCCCCGCCCACGGCCUCUCUGCCUCAUGGAUCUGCUUUGCUUUUCGCGAAGAAUGGGGUCAGUCUUCAAAGACCUACGCCACGGACGAGAGCGUCGAGCUCAGUUGCCAGUGGGUCCCUUUCCUUGCGACCGUGGUGACUGCCCUCAAGCGUGGCCGCCCGAAGGGGAAGGUUUUCAGUUUCCUCUACAGCUCGUGCACGCGCCAGUUCAGGACAGUGUGUCGACGGCUCGGACUAACUGCGGCGCCAUAUCAGGCAAGGCACUCAGGCGCCUCCAUCGACGCCGCAAUGAAGUACAGGACGAGAGCCGUGAUAAAGGCUCGCGGCCGAUGGAAGGCGGACAAGUCAGUGCUCAGGUACGGCAGCAAGGCCAAGAUAGUCGAGAGCGUCGACAAGCUGCCCGGCUCCUUGGCGUCUCACGUCAGAAUGUGCGAACUCCGACUCGGGGACCUUUUGGGCGGCCAGAUCGACCCCUCGGCCAUCGUGCUGCCCGACAUCCCGAGCUCGGCGCAGGGGGAGUUGGGCGAGCCGCGGGGCGAUGCGGUAUUCGUGCUAUGCUGCGGGAUAUUUCACUUUCCAGAGCUCAAAUACUCCGAAAGGGACCCGAAGGUGCAUGUGAAGAUCGUUGACCAAUGUGCCUUUGGAACUGCCUGGCGCAAGCGUACUCGUGUGAUGUUCGGAAACUGCGACGAGAUAGAUGUCUCCCUGUGUGAUCAGUACGUUUGUGCCGGCCGAG